UCGCUAGUGUGCAGCAGGUUGAUUCUUAAAAUGCUAACAGUUCAUAAUGCCAGUGUCAACCUGACAACAGUUGGAUUGAAGGCCUUAGAUCUUCUCCUAACUUCAGGUAAAAUCACUUUGCUGAUAUUGGAUGAAGAAAAUGAUAUUUUCUUGUUAAUCUUCGAUGCCAUGCGCACAUUUUCAGCCAGUGAUGAAGUCCAGAAACUUGGAUGUAAAGUUUUACAUGUGCUGUUUGAGAGAGUUUCAGAGGAGCAACUGACUGAAUUUGUUGAAAAUAAAGAUUAUAUGAUAUUGCUAAGUGCAUUAAAAAAUUUUGAAGAUGAAGAGGAAAUUGUGCUUCAUGUACUGCACUGUUUACAUUCCUUAGCAAUUCCUUGUAGUAAUGUUGAAGUCCUCAUGAGUGGCAAUGUCAGGUGUUAUAAUAUUGUGGUAGAAGCCAUGAAAGCAUUCCCUAUCAGUGAAAAAAUUCAAGAAGUGAGUUGCUGCUUGCUCCAUAGGCUUACAUUAGGUAAUUUCUUUAAUAUCUUGGUAUUAAAUGAGGUGCAUGAGUUUGUGGUGAAAGCGGUGCAGCAGUAUUCAGAAAACGCAGUAUUACAGAUCGCAGCACUUAGCUGCUUAGCACUCCUCACUGAGACCAUUUUCUUAAACCAAGACUUAGAGGAAAAGAAUGAGAAUCAGGAGAAUGAUGAUGAUGAAGAAGAAGAUAAAUUGUUUUGGCUGGAAGCCUGUUACAAAGCAUUAACUUGGCAUAGGAAGAACAAGCAUGUGCAGGAGGCUGCCUGUUGGGCCCUGAAUAAUCUCCUUAUGUAUCAAAACAGUUUACAUGAGAAGAUUGGAGAUGAAGAUGGCCAGUUCCCUGCUCACAGGGAGGUGAUGCUGUCCAUGCUGAUGCAUUCUUCAUCAAAAGAAGUCUUCCAGGCAUCUGCAAAUGCUUUGUCAACUCUGUUAGAACAAAAUGUUAAUUUUAGAAAGAUCCUGUUGUCAAAAGGAAUAUAUCUGAAUGUAUUGGAGUUAAUGCAGAAGCAUAUGCAUUCUCCUGAAGUGGCUGAAAGUGGCUGUAAAAUGCUAAAUCAUCUUUUCGAAGAAAGUAGCACUUCCCUGGAUACAAUGGCAGCUGUGGUCCCCAAAAUAAUAACAGUCAUGAAAAGUCAUGAGACAUCAUUAUCAGUGCAGCUGGAAGCACUUCGAGCUAUGUUACAUUUUAUAGUUCCAGGCAUCCCAGAAGAAUACAGGGAAGAUACUGAAUAUCAGCAUAAGCUAAAUAUGAUUGAAAAGCAGUGUUUUAGGAAUGAUAUUCACAAAUUGGUCCUGGCAGCUUUGAACAGGUUCAUUGGAAGUCCUGGGAUUCAGAAGUGUGGAUUAAAAGUAAUUUCGUCUAUAACACAUUUUCCUGAUGCACUAGAGGUGUUAUCCCUGGAAGGUGCUAUUGAUUCGGUGCUUCAUACACUGCAGAUGUAUCCAGAUGACCAAGAAAUUCAGUGUCUGGGUUUAAGUCUUAUAGGAUGUUUGAUUACAAAGAAGAAUUUAUGCACGGUAACUGGGUAUCUGCUGGCGAAAAUUCUGAUUUCCACCCUACAGCGAUUUAAGGAUGUUGGUGAAGUACAGAUAAAAGGAUUUCAAACAGUCUUGACAAUACUGGAAUUGUCAGUGUCUUUUUCCAAGCUACUGGUGCAUCACUGCUUUGAUUCAGUAAUAUUCCAUCAGUUGUCCUCCAGUAUCAUGGAGCAAAAGGAUCAACAGUUUCUAAACCUUUGUUGCAAGUGCUUUGCAAAAUUGACUAUUGAUAAUGAGUUAAAAUGUGUGUUGCUGGAGAAAGCAUGUGAUCAGAAUAAUAGCAUCAUGGUUGAAUGCUUGCUUCUGUUGGGAGCGGAUGCCAAUCGAGCAAAAGAAGCAACUUCUUUGAUAUGUCAGGUAUGUGAGAAAGCAAGCAAUCCCAAACUGGUAGAAUUGUUACUGAAUAGUGGAUCUCGUGAGCAGGAUGUCCGGAAAGCUCUGACAAUCAGCAUUGGGAAAGGCAACAGCCAAAUCAUCAGCUUACUCUUGAGGAGGCUUGCCCUGGAUCUGGCCAAUAAUAGCAUCUGUCUUGGAGGAUUUUGUAUGGGAAAAAUUGAACCUUCCUGGCUUGGUCCUUUAUUUCCAGAUAAGACAUCUUAUUUAAGAAAAGAGACAAAUAUAGGAUCCACCCUGGCAAGGAUGGUGCUCAGAUAUCAGAUGAGAAGUUCUGUGGAGGAAGGAGCUGGCUCAGGAAGCAAUGGGAAUUUUUCUGAAGAAAUGGUUGAUAAAUUUGAUGAAUGGACCUUCAUUCCUGAGUCUUACAUUGACAGUGUGUUUGGUCAAAGUGAUGACCUGGAUAGUGAAGGAAGUGAAGGCUCAUUUCUUGUGAAAAAGAAAUCAAAUUCAAUUAGCGUGGGAGAGUUUUACCGAGAUCCUGCCUUGCAACGUUGCUCACCAAAUUUGCAAAGACAUUCCAGUUCAUUGGGACCCAUUUUUGAUCAUGAAGAUUUACUAAAGAGAAAAAGAAAACUAUUUUCAUCAGAUGAUUCACUCAGAGCAUCAAAAUUCCAGUCCCAUAUGAGGCAUUCAGAGAGCAUUUCUUCCCUGCCUUCUGAGAGAGAAUAUAUUACAUCGUUAGACCUUUCAGCAAAUGAACUAAGAGAUGUUGAUGCCCUGAGCCAGAACUCCUGUAUAAGUGGUCAUUUGGAACAUCUUGAAAAGCUGGAGCUUCACCAGAAUUCACUCACAAGCUUUCCACAACAGCUGUGUGAAACUCUGAAAUGUUUAACACAUUUGGAUCUGCAUAGUAAUAAAUUUACAUCGUUUCCCACUUACUUGUUGAAAAUGAGUUGUAUUGCUAACCUUGAUGUCUCUCGAAAUGAUAUUGGACCCUCCGUAGUUUUGGACCCUGCUGUGACGUGCCCGACCUUGAAACAGUUUAACUUGUCAUAUAAUCAGAUAUCUUCUCUUCCUGCGAACCUUGGUGACGUGGUAGAGAAAUUGGAACAGCUCAUUUUAGAAGGAAAUAAAAUAUCAGAAAUAUGUUCCCCUUUGAGCCUGAAGGAACUGAAGAUUUUAAACCUUAGUAAAAACCACAUUUCAUCUUUAUCAGAGGACUUCCUUGAGACUUGUCCUAAAGUGGAGAUUUUAAGUGCCAGAAUGAAUUUUCUUGCUGCUAUGCCUUUUUUGCCUUCUUCUAUCACAAGCCUAAGAUUAUCUCAAAACAGAUUCACAUGUGUCCCAGAAGCAAUUUUACAUCUCCCACAUCUGCGGUCCUUAGAUAUGAGCAGCAAUGAUAUUCGAUAUCUACCAGGUCCUGUGCACUGGAGAUCUUUGAACUUAAGGGAACUCUUGUUUAGUCAUAACCAGAUCAGUAUCUUGGACUUGAGUGAAAAAGCAUGUGCAUGGUCUAGAAUAGAGAAACUACAUCUUUCUCAUAAUAAACUGAAAGAGAUUCCUCCUGAGAUUGGCUGUCUUGAAAAUCUGACAUCUCUUGAUGUUAGUUACAACUUGGAACUGAGAUCCUUUCCUAAUGAAAUGGGGAAAUUAAGCAAAAUAUGGGAUCUUCCUUUGGAUGAACUGCAUCUUAAUUUUGAUUUUAAACAUGUAGGAUGUAAAGCCAAAGACAUCAUAAGGUUUCUUCAGCAGCGGUUGAAAAAGGCUGUGCCCUAUAACCGAAUGAAACUUAUGAUUGUGGGAAAUACUGGGAGUGGCAAGACCACCUUAUUGCAGCAAUUGAUGAAAAUCAAGAAAUCAGAUCUUGGGAUGCAAGGUGCCACAGUUGGCAUUGAUGUGAAAGACUGGCCCAUCCAAAUAAGAGGCAAAGGGAAGAAAGACCUCAUUCUGAAUGUAUGGGAUUUUGCAGGUCGUGAGGAGUUCUACAGCACUCAUCCCCACUUUAUGACCCAACGAGCCUUGUAUCUUGCGGUCUAUGACCUCAGCAAAGGGCAAGCUGAAGUUGAUGCCAUGAAGCCUUGGCUUUUCAAUAUAAAGGCCCGUGCUUCUUCUUCCCCUGUGAUUCUUGUUGGCACACAUUUAGAUGUUACUGAUGAGAAGCAGCGCAAAGCCUGUAUCAGUAAAAUUACCAAGGAACUCUUGAACAAACGAGGGUUUCCUGCAAUACGAGAUUACCACUUUGUGAAUGCCACUGAGGAAUCCGAUGCUUUGGCAAAACUUCGGAAAACCAUCAUCAAUGAGAGCCUUAAUUUCAAGAUCCGAGAUCAGCCUGUUGUUGGGCAGCUGAUUCCAGACUGCUAUGUAGAACUUGAGAAAAUCAUUUUAUCAGAGCGUAAAAAUGUGCCAAUUGAAUUUCCUGUAAUUGACCGGAAACGAUUAUUACAACUUGUGAGAGAACAUCAGCUGCAGUUAGAUGAAAAUGAGCUUCCUCAUGCAGUUCACUUUCUAAAUGAAUCAGGGGUCCUUCUUCAUUUUCAAGACCCAGCACUGCAGUUAAGUGACUUAUAUUUUGUGGAACCCAAGUGGCUUUGUAAAGUCAUGGCACAGAUUUUGACAGUGAAAGUGGAAGGCUUUCCAAAACAUCCUAAGGGAAUUAUUUCACGUAGAGAUGUGGAAAAAUUUCUUUCAAAGAAAAAGAGAUUUCCAAAGAACUACAUGGCACAGUACUUUAAACUCCUAGAAAAAUUCCAGAUCGCCUUGCCAAUUGGAGAAGAAUAUUUACUGGUUCCAAGCAGUUUGUCUGACCACAGGCCUGUAAUAGAGCUUCCCCAUUGUGAGAACUCUGAAAUUAUCAUUCGACUGUAUGAAAUGCCUUAUUUUCCAAUGGGCUUUUGGUCGAGAUUAAUCAAUCGGUUGCUUGAAAUUUCACCUUACAUGCUUUCAGGAAGAGAACGAGCACUUCGUCCAAACAGAAUGUAUUGGCGACAAGGCAUCUACUUGAAUUGGUCUCCUGAAGCUUACUGCUUAGUAGGAUCUGAAGUUUUAGAUCAUCAUGCAGAGAGUUUCUUAAAAAUUACAGUUCCUUCUUGUAGAAAAGGCUGUGUUCUUUUGGGCCAAGUUGUGGACCACAUUGAUUCUCUCAUGGAAGAGUGGUUUCCUGGAUUAUUGGAGAUUGAUAUUUGUGGUGAAGGAGAAACUCUGCUGAAGAAAUGGGCAUUAUAUAGUUUUAAUGACGGUGAAGAGCAUCAAAAAAUAUUGCUUGACAACUUGAUGAAGAAAGCAGAAGAAGGAGACCUCCUAGUAAAUCCAGAUCAACCAAGGCUCACAAUUCCAAUAUCUCAGAUUGCUCCUGACUUGAUUUUGGCUGAUCUGCCUAGAAAUAUUAUGUUGAAUAAUGAUGAAUUGGAAUUUGAACAAGCUCCAGAGUUUCUCUUAGGUAACUGUUUUUGUUGGUUUGAGAAUAAAA